ACUACAUAUCCCACAAUGCACCCUGGGGGCGGCUGGACCCAGCGGCUGGAGCCGGGCCUCGGCCGCGAGAGGCUGGUGAGGGCCGUCUUUCAGGGCAGGCGGCCGGGCGAAGGGCGGCGGGAGGCCGCGGUGCCCCGCUGUGGCCAUGUCUCCGUCUACGGAGAGCCGCCGCCCCAAGAACCUCCGUUCUCAGAUUGGACCCGACCGGACACCCGUGCUUCCCCGGGGGUUGUGCAUAGGGCAGUGACCGGCACCCUCUGUGCUCCCUGGGCCUCCCGGAAAAACAGGAGAGCCCAGGGGAUGGCUGCCGACAUGCAGAGGAAGAGAAGCAGCGAAUGUCCCAACGGCGCAUUGGCUCCUUCUGAUGGGCAGAGUGUGGAGAGAGCUGAGAGCCCCACACCAGGACUGACCCAGGGAACGGAGCCAGGUGCUGGGCAGGAGGGUGCCAUGUUCGUCCAUGCCCGUUCCUACGAGGACCUGACUGAGUCUGAGGAUGGGGCAGCAUCCGGGGAGAGCCCCACAGAGGGUGCUGGGGGUCCCCCACCACUGCCUGCAGACAUGCGUCAAAUCAGCCAGGACUUCAGCGAGCUGAGCACCCAACUGACAGGUGUAGCCCGUGACCUGCAGGAGGAGAUGCUACCAGGAAGCUCUGAGGACUGGUCAGAGCCCCCAGGGGCAGCCCGACCAGCCACAGAGCCCCCCAGGGAGGGUGUAGCUGAGGGGGAUGAGGAGGAUGCUGCCGAGGCAUGGCGCCUGCACCAGAAGCACAUCUUCGUGCUGAGUGAGGCGGGGAAGCCUGUGUAUUCCCGCUAUGGGUCGGAGGAGGCACUCUCCAGCACCAUGGGUGUCAUGGUGGCCCUGGUGUCCUUCCUGGAGGCAGACAAGAAUGCCAUCCGCUCCAUCCACGCAGAUGGCUACAAGGUGGUCUUCGUGCGUCGGAGCCCACUGGUGCUGGUGGCGGUGGCACGCACGCGGCAGUCGGCACAGGAGCUGGCGCAGGAGCUGCUUUAUAUCUAUUACCAGAUUCUGAGCCUUCUUACCGGAGCGCAGCUGAGCCACAUCUUUCAGCAGAAGCAAAACUACGACCUGCGGCGCCUGCUCUCGGGCUCUGAGCGCAUCACGGAUAACCUGCUGCAGCUUAUGGCGCGCGACCCCAGCUUCCUGAUGGGGGCUGCCCGCUGCCUGCCCCUGGCCGCGACUGUGCGUGACGCGGUGAGCUCCAGCCUGCAGCAGGCGCGUGCGCGCAGCCUCGUCUUCUCCAUCCUGCUGGCGCGCAACCAGCUCGUAGCACUCGUGCGCCGCAAGGACCAAUUUCUACACCCCAUUGACCUGCAUCUGCUCUUCAACCUCAUCAGUUCCUCCUCGUCCUUCCGCGAGGGCGAGGCCUGGACGCCCGUGUGCCUGCCCAAAUUCAACGCGGCGGGCUUCUUCCACGCACACAUUUCUUACCUGGAACCUGACACCGACCUCUGCCUGCUGCUUGUUUCCACGGACCGGGAGGACUUCUUUGCCGUCUCCGACUGCCGCCGCCGCUUCCAGGAGCGCCUUCGCAAGCGAGGAGCCCACCUGGCACUGCGGGAGGCACUGCGCUCCCCUUACUACAGCGUGGCCCAAGUGGGCAUCCCAGACCUGCGCCACUUCCUUUAUAAGUCAAAAAGCUCAGGACUCUUCACCAGCCCGGAGAUUGAGGCCCCCUACACCAGUGAAGAGGAGCAGGAGCGGCUGCUGGGCCUCUACCAGUACCUGCACAGCCGUGCCCACAAUGCCUCCCGCCCACUUAAGACCAUCUACUACACAGGACCCAAUGAGAACCUCCUGGCCUGGGUGACAGGUGCCUUUGAGCUCUACAUGUGCUACAGCCCCCUGGGAACCAAGGCAUCAGCCGUCAGUGCCAUCCAUAAGCUGAUGCGCUGGAUCCGCAAAGAAGAAGACCGCCUCUUCAUCCUCACACCUCUCACCUACUGA